AUGUCUACUUCAUGUGCUAAUGCUGAUGGUGUUCAAAAUAAUAAGCGUAAAGGAAAGCCAAAUAAAAGAUGGACAAAAGAAAUGGAUAAUGUAUUGAUACCACUGCUUGCAGACAUGACAAGAACUGGUUUGAAGGUGGAUAAAUCUUUUAAACAUCAGGCAUUCGUAGAGGCAACAAAUGUUGUGAAUGCCAGAUUCCCUACCGCUUGUAUGGAUGCAGAAAAUAUGGAGAAUCACAUGAGCACUUUGAAGCAAAAAUAUCAAGAUAUCAAGAAGCUUAUGAAUCUCAGUGGUGUUGGUUGGAAUGACGAGUCAAAAAUGUUAGUGCUUGAAGAUGAGACUUAUCAGACAUUUGUGAAGGGACAACCAAAAGCCAAAGAAUAUUUAAAUAAACCUAUACCUUUUUUUGAAGAGUUGUGGUUAGUUGCUAGAGAUGACCAUGCCACUUGUGAUCAUGCACGGACCAUUUACCACCAAUUUGGUGCUACGACACUAGAGGGUGAGAGUGCACGCCCACCUAAUAUGCCAAUGGAUUGUGAACCCGUGGAUAUAGGUGAAUUGGCCGCGUCAAUUAAGACAACUAAAAAGAAGACAUGGAAAGAAAAACUCUCCGAUGCUCUGUGGGGAAUGGAGAAUUAUGAUGACAAUGAGAUGGAAAUGGUAUUUGAGAAGUUAAUCAAGGACAAAAAGCAAGCUGAGAAUUUUUACUUGAGGAAGCUAUCCCUUCGCAAAAGAUGGCUAGAUAAUUUUAUUGCUUCUAUGAGAGAUGAUAGUCCAUGA